AUGACGGCUGCAGUUGCAACAGCAGCAGCAGCGACGCCUCUUCCCAAGGCUAAGACCGCGACGAGAUGGACGAGAGGCCUUUGGGCAGACGUUCAGCGGCAUCUACUACAGGUGUACGAGUACCUCUGUCACAUUGGAGAAGCGAAGCAGUGGAUCGAGGGAUGCCUGGGAGAAGAGCUUUCGUUCGACAUUGUGGAGAUGGAAGAGCGUAUGAGGGACGGCGUCGUCUUGGCCAAGCUUGUGCGCGUCUUCCAGGGCGAGGGUGUCGUACGCCGCAUAUACGAGGCUCCAAAGCUGGAUUUCCGGCACUCUGAUAACAUCAACAUUUUCUUCAACUUUGUGCGGCACGUCGGACUACCCGAGAGCUUCAUCUUCGAGUUGACCGACUUGUACGAAAAGAAAAACUUCCCGAAGGUCAUUUAUUGUAUCCAUGCGCUCAGCCACCUUCUUGCGCGCCGAGGGCUAGCUCAGCGCAUCGGAGACCUCGUUGGCCAGCUGCAAUUCUCCGAUGAUCAGCUACAGAUGACGCACAAAGGUCUCAAAGACUCCGGCGUGGCCAUGCCCAACUUCGCGGGCGUCAAGCGUGAGCUUGCGAAAGAGAUCAACGAGGAGCCCGAAGAGGAAGAGGAGACGGAGUACGAACGUCGAGAGCGGUUACUUCGUGAAAACGAGGAUUCUGUCAUCGCUUGCCAGUCUGUUGCGAGAAGAUUUCUUGCCAAGAAGGCCUUAGCCACCCAGCAAGGUCGCAUCAAGCUUGCAGAACGCCACAUUCUCAAGCUGCAAGCUUUGGCACGAGGUCAUCUCAUUCGUUCCCAUCUACAUCAAGAACGAGAGGAGCAUGCUAACUCCGAGGACUGGGCGAUUGCCAUCCAAACACAUGCUCGAGGAGUUCAGGCUCAAGCACGAGGUAUCAUCCAGCGUCGGAGGUUGCGCAAGCUUUUGGAAGCAAUGCGUAGCUGUCAACCAGCUGUCAUCCAGUUGCAAGCCUUUGCUCGUGCUCGACUGGCUAAGAAGACACACAAUGAGGUGAAGAAGACAUUUGGCGCCCCCGUGCUUUUCAAAUCCAUCAUUCAGCUCCAGGCACAUGCCCGCGGAGUGCUGGCGAGGCGAAGGAUUGGUCACGAGCUCGCAUACGUCGACCAAUUCCAAGAUAUCUUCAUUUCCCUUCAAGCUCAAGUGCGGGGUGUUCUCAUCCGACGCCGCAUUGGAGCACAGUUGGCCAAGUUGGACGACGCCACCGACGUUGUAGUGCGCAUCCAGGCGGCAGUUCGUACCUACCUUGCAAGAAAGCGUCUUUUGACGCUUAUCCGGGGUCUACGGAAGGUCACUCCAUCCGUUAUCGCCUUCCAAGCUGUUGCACGCGGGUGCCUCGUCCGUAGAAAGCACAAGGCGAUGAGGAAGGCCAUGUCUCAGGUCACGGUCAUUAAAGCUGUUGGCGGUUUGCAGGCCCUUGCACGCGCCGCUUUGGCUCGCAAGAAGCAUGAGGAACAGUGCAAGCAGCUGGAAUUCGUUGAGCCCGACGUCGUUGGCAUCCAGUCCCAUUUACGGGGCGUCUUGGUUCGCAUGGAUUAUUACGCUUGGCGUGAUUAUCUUCACCAAAGCUACCCUGCUGCUACAAUCUUGCAGGCUAUGCUGCGCGGCGUCAUGCGGCGGCGCAAGUUUCAUGCCAAGAUGCGGCACUAUCGCGAGAACUUGAACAAGGUCAUCCAGAUCCAGUCGCUCUUCCGCGCGAAGGAGACCCGUGAGCAAUACCGUCAGCUCACCAUGGGCACGAACGUCACGGUGGACACCAUCAAGAACUUCGUCCACCUUCUCGACAACUCCGAGGCGGACUUCCAAGAGGAGCUGAAGGUAGAGCGCCUCCGUCAAGAGGUCGUCAAGCGCAUCCGCGCGAAUCAAGCGCUCGAAGCUGAGGUAGACGACUUGGAUGUCAAGAUUGCCCUUGUCGUGCAGAAUGUCAAGAGCUUUGAGGAGCUCUUGAAGGCUCGGAGGCGCGGGGCUGACAGCGCUGCAGUGCAUACUGCUCGAGCAUCUGUGCUCGCUGCUCACGGCGAUCCUUUCGCUGGACCAAGCACUCUGGACCAUGCUGCGAAGCGGAAGCUCGAGCUUUACCAGCAGCUCUUCUAUCUGCUGCAGACCAGGCCAGAGUACUUGUCGCGGAUCUUUACUCGAAUUACCUCUGACAGGAGCUUCGAGAAGAACCGAAAGCUUGUCGAGCGUGUCACACUCACACUCUUUGGCUAUGGACAGGAUCGUCGAGAAGACUAUCUGCUCCUGAAGCUCUUCCAGACUGCAAUACAGGAUGAAAUCAAAUCGGCGGCAAAAAUCGAGGACGUGAUCAAGGGACACCCCAUGUUCGUCAGCCUCGUCAUCCCAUACAUCCGACCCAAGCAGACGGUCUACGUUCGUGAAACUCUCCAAAGCGCAAUCCGCAAUCUUGUGGAGUCGGGCAACGAAAUUGAUCUCCAAACGGAUCCAAGCAUUGCAACUAUCUACCGGAACAAGAUUGAUCUGCUUGAGACUCGAUCUGGACAGCCCAGCGAGUUGCCUAAGAACAUCCCGUUCCGCGAAGCUCUGCAAGACCCUGACACUCGGGCCGAAUACAUCAGACACCUGCAACUGCUUCAAUGGUGGACUGAACUCUUCGUCACGGCCUUGACUCAAUCAACUGCCCGGAUGCCAUAUGGUAUGCGGUAUCUUGCUCGCGAAACGCUCAUUCUAUUGAAAGAACGGUUCCCCGACGCGCCUGACGAAGUGUAUGCCGCUUGUGUUGCGCGACUGGUGUACUAUCGUUACAUCAAUCCGGCUAUAAUGACGCCAGAGACUUUUGACAUCGUUUCAGAGACAAUCAAUGUUGAGACGCGGAAGAAUUUGGCUCAAGUCUCUCGAAUGCUUACCCAGAUCACUAAUGGCCUCGAGUUCGGCGAUGACAAUCCGCACUACAUUCCUGUAAAUGAUUACGUCAGGAACGCAAUCCAGCAGAUGACUUCGUGGUUAUUUGAAGUUUCAAAUGUUCCCGAUGCCGAGACCCAGUAUCAUGCCCACGAGUUUUUAGAUGCAACGGUUCAGCCCAAAUCAAUUUUCAUUUCGCCAAAUGAAGUGUACGGUAUGCAUACAAUUCUGUCACAACAUUUGGAUGAGCUGGCUCCUGGGCGCGAAGAUACGCUGCGCGUCAUCCUGCAGGAGUUGGAUGGUGUGCCGCACCUCGGCAACGAUGAAUUGCAUGAUGCGCGUGAUGCUGCCAUCGAACUGCAGCUGACAAAUCGCUUCGCUCAUGUCAAAGGCCUAGACCCAAGCGCAGACGAGAAAGCGAUCUGGAUGCAGGCCAAACGAGCCGUUCUGGCCAUUCUGCGAGUGCAGCCAGCCAAAGAUUUGGUCGAAUCUCUGAUGCACCCCGUGACCGACGAGCACGAGCUGGUUUGGGAAGCUAUUCUCGAAGAGAUGGACAAAGAGCAGCACAAGCAACAGCGCCGAAUGCCGUCGACGACCCCUGCUGACGAUGCCUACCGCCUGGAGGAUAUUCGAGCAAUGACGUUCCGAGAAGUCAAGGCCCAUGCUAUUUUCUAUCUCCUCGAGCUCGAGAAGCGAGAGUUGAUAUCACGUGCGGAUGGGUAUCAAGGCGUUCUAAAUGCCAUCGCAGGCGAUGUGCGUAGCAAGAACCGCCGCCGGAUACAGCGUCAGCAUGAGAAGGAUAGCAUGGAAGGGGCACUCAAGGAUCUUGGGGUGCGCAAGAAGCACUACGAGGAGCAGAUCGAUAGCUAUCACAACUAUGUCGAGGCUGCAAUGCAGACUAUGCAGCGAGGCAAAGGGAAGAAGCGAUUUGUUCUGCCCUUCACUAAGCAAUUCUUCCAUAUGCGUGACUUGCAGAAGUCGGGCAAGACUCCCCAGUUUGGCUCCUAUAAAUACAGCGCCCAGCAUUUUUACGAGAAGGGCAUUCUGCUCUCUAUCGACCAAUACUCACCUCGCCAAUUCGACAAGCUCGACAUCGUACUAUCAUCUAACAACGUCGGCGUCUUCGCCAUCGAGAUCUUCAACACCACCCUCGGCUUCACCAACCGAAUUGCUUAUGCCGAUGUCAAGAUGGAGGAACUGCUUCAGGCCCAGUAUGAAAACAAAGCAUCGUUCACUCUGUUCAACGGUCUUGCCAAGUUCAACCUCAACCUGCUUCUCUGGCAGAUCAAUAAGAAGUGA